AUGAGACGAUUUAUUGCACGACAUGGCAAGCCAUCGGAAAUAUUCUCCGACAAUGGCCGAAAUUUUGUCGCAGCGGCUAGGGAGUUAGGCACCUUUUUAAAACCCAAUAAACACUUGCUUUCUGACUUCGCUGCACAAGAAGGUAUACGUUUUAAUUUCAUUCCCGCUUACUCCCCUCACUUCGGCGGCAUUUGGGAAUCAGGCAUCAAAUCCGCUAAACAUCAUAUAAAACGUGUCAUAGGCAAUCUUCAUCUGACGUUUGAAGAAUUACAGACUUUAUUUGCACAAGUGGAGGCGAUACUAAACAGCCGUCCCUUGUGUCCCAUGUCCUCCAAUCCUAACGACUUCCUUUCCCUCUCUCCAGGACAUUUUCUCAUCGGGAGAGCGCUGACUGCGGUCCCAUCACCCCUUCUCGAAGAUGAGGAUCCAAACAAGUUAAAGAGGUACCAAAAAUUAGAGCAAGUUUGUCAACAUUUUUGGCGUCGCUGGCAAGCCGAAUACAAUAACGAACUUCAAAGACGACAGAAGUGGAUGAAGGACACUACGCAGCUCAAAGUGGAUGACUUAGUCCUAAUCAAAGAAGAUCUACCACCUUUGUGUUGGCGACUCGGAAGAGUGACAAGGCUGUUUCCAGGACCCGAUGGCGUGGCACGAGUGGCAGACGUAAGAACCGCAACGGGCUGCCUUCGACGAGCUUUGGCUCGGCUGUGCCCUCUUCCAAGUCAAGCAGAAGAGCCUUAG